CGGAAAACUUGUGACGGUGGCGGAGGGGCGUCAGGCGUGACGCGGCAUGCUGACGGCGGAGGGACCGGGAUGGCUGUCGGUCAAGUCGUUGCCGGAGCCCGGAGGCCCCAGACGAUCCCCGGCCCAUCCUUCCCUACAUAGCAUGGCGCGCCGCGUCCUCGCACAAGCUUCACGUUUCCUCCCGUUCCGAGACCACCCGCCGCUGCUGCUCCGGAUCUUUCGCCGGACGCCGUGCCACGUGGCCAUGGACGGCGACGGCGAGUGCUCGUCCCCCACCGGCAGAGCACCGGGGCUCCUGCCGCUCUUCGGCCCGUCACCGGCGGCGGAGAGCCCCGAGGACAAGCUGAGGCGGGUCAGCGAGGAGAACCGCAGGCUGUCCGGCGCGCUGGACGCCAUCCUCGCCGACCACCCCCACCUGCGCGCCCUCGCCGCGCCGCCGACGCCGAGCUGCCACGUGCACGGCAAUGCGGCGCCGGCAGAAGUGGCCGGCGGCGGCGGCGUGACGGCCGAGCCAAGGUCCAAGGUCCGGACGGUGUGCGCGCGCGCCGAGCCGUCGGACGCCGACGCCAACCACCUCAAGGACGGCUACCAGUGGCGCAAGUACGGCCAGAAGGUGACGCGGGACAACCCGUACCCGAGGGCCUACUUCCGCUGCGCGUACGCUCCCUCCUGCCCCGUCAAGAAGAAGGUGCAGAGGAGUGCGGAGGACAAGUCGAUGCUGGUGGCGACAUACGAGGGCGAACACAACCACGAGCAGCGCGCCCAGAGCGAGUAUGUCAGCGACGCGCCGACGAUCCAGCUGCUGCAGCAGCAGCAGCAGGCCGGGUCGCUGCCGUGCUCGAUCUCCAUCAACUCGUCGGGCCGGACGAUCACCCUCGGUCUGGCGGACCAACGGCCGGGGUCGAACGCCGAGGCGGCCGCCGCCGCGGAGGUCAUGACGCCGGAGUUUCGAAAGGUCCUGGUGGACGAGCUCGUGAAUCUGCUCAAGAACGAUCCGGAGUUCAUGGAGUCUCUGACAAGCGCCGUUGCUGCGAGGGUGAUGGAGAGGAUACCAGGGCAGAUAUUCUGAUGCACGAGGAUGUGUAGGAUGUCCAUGGAUGCAAAUGUGAAUAUAUUCAUACACGUGCAGUUUUCGUGGUUAUAAUAUGCUUGGGAUCUUGUGGGUUCGCUCCUGCAAAAAGAAAAGUUCUGGUACCCGAAAGAACAGGUACAACAUUACUACAAGAAUCUUUAUGUUCAUACCUCUAUGCAAACUUAUAUUCUCA